GUCCUGGCAAUAUGGCGUCCUCCUUGAUGUGCUGAUGAGAUGAGUUUCCCUGUAACUCCAAACCAGAGGGCAGAGCUCCCCUGACCCAAUAAGCCCUCAUUGUCCGUUUUCUCCGUGGUUCCGUGUCGCCUGUUUCUCAGGACUCGUUCUCAGGCAGGAGAGAGCCUCGGGGCUGAAGGCCAGGACCAGCCAGGCCGCGCGGACCUGAGGUUGAGGAACCGGGUGCGGGCGAGCACGAUGGGCCGGUCCUGGCUCUGGUUGCGGCAGCUCAGACGAGUGCGGGACCCGCAGGGCUGAGAGUGGCUGGAGGAGACCCAGGGCCCUUUGAACCCAAUCCCUUGGCCGGAGACCUCGGCCCAGCGGGCGAACCGGCACCAAGAGCGGCCUGCCUGUCCUCGGAACUGCUGAGGCGUUGGAGGCCGAGAGCAGGGUCAUCGUGAGGCCUGAAGUCUCUUACGCUUUUGACAGCUCCGCUCGCAGCCCCUCUGGAAACGUGCAGCCUAGGAGCAGCCAGUGGCUUGGGACUUGGGCUGGUGUGUGUCUGCGGAGCUUCUUGGGCUACCCCAUUUCCUAGCGGCCCCCACCUCCCCACUUCCCGCUCAGAGUUAGCGAUAAGGAUCUCCGCACUCUCCAUCCAUUUGUUUUUCGAUUUCCCGUUUUUCUGUUUCUUAUUUCACCAAUUCUGAUACACGCUAGUUUUUAAGGCUGGAGGUUCUUGAGCGCUUGCUGCCAAGGACUCCCCCACCCCCUCCCCCACUGAUGGAGUCCGAAAUGCUGCAGUCGCCUCUUCUGGGCCUGGGGGAGGAAGAUGAGGCUGAUCUUACAGACUGGAACCUACCUUUGGCUUUUAUGAAAAAGAGGCACUGUGAGAAAAUUGAAGGCUCCAAAUCCUUAGCUCAGAGCUGGAGGAUGAAGGAUCGGAUGAAGACAGUCAGUGUUGCCUUAGUUUUGUGCCUGAAUGUUGGUGUGGACCCUCCCGAUGUGGUGAAGACCACGCCCUGUGCGCGCUUGGAAUGCUGGAUCGAUCCUCUGUCGAUGGGUCCUCAGAAAGCUCUGGAAACCAUCGGUGCAAAUUUACAGAAGCAGUACGAGAACUGGCAGCCAAGGGCCCGGUACAAGCAGAGCCUUGACCCAACUGUGGAUGAAGUCAAGAAGCUCUGCACAUCCCUACGUCGCAAUGCCAAGGAGGAGCGAGUCCUCUUUCACUACAAUGGCCACGGGGUGCCCCGGCCCACAGUGAACGGGGAGGUCUGGGUCUUCAACAAGAACUACACGCAGUACAUCCCUCUGUCCAUCUAUGACCUGCAGACAUGGAUGGGCAGUCCGUCGAUCUUCGUCUAUGACUGCUCCAACGCUGGCUUGAUCGUCAAGUCCUUCAAGCAGUUCGCACUACAGCGGGAGCAGGAGCUGGAGGUAGCUGCAAUCAACCCAAAUCACCCUCUUGCUCAGAUGCCUUUGCCUCCGUCAAUGAAAAACUGCAUCCAGCUGGCAGCCUGCGAGGCCACCGAGCUGCUGCCCAUGAUCCCCGACCUCCCGGCUGACCUGUUCACCUCCUGCCUCACCACCCCCAUCAAGAUCGCCCUGCGCUGGUUUUGCAUGCAGAAAUGUGUCAGUCUGGUGCCUGGCGUCACACUGGAUUUGAUAGAAAAGAUCCCUGGCCGCCUGAACGACAGGAGGACGCCCCUGGGUGAGCUGAACUGGAUCUUCACAGCCAUCACAGACACCAUCGCAUGGAACGUGCUCCCUCGCGAUCUCUUCCAAAAGCUCUUCAGACAGGACUUACUGGUGGCUAGUCUGUUUCGAAAUUUUUUAUUGGCGGAAAGGAUUAUGAGGUCGUACAACUGCACUCCCGUCAGCAGCCCACGUCUGCCGCCCACGUACAUGCAUGCGAUGUGGCAAGCCUGGGACCUGGCUGUUGACAUCUGUCUGUCUCAGCUGCCGACGAUCAUCGAGGAAGGCACUGCGUUUCGGCACAGCCCGUUCUUCGCCGAGCAGCUGACCGCUUUCCAGGUGUGGCUCACCAUGGGCGUGGAGAACCGGAACCCACCGGAACAGCUGCCCAUCGUCCUGCAGGUGCUGUUAAGCCAAGUGCACCGGCUGAGAGCAUUGGACUUGCUUGGAAGAUUUUUGGACCUGGGUCCCUGGGCAGUGAGCCUGGCCUUGUCUGUCGGCAUCUUCCCCUACGUGCUGAAGCUGCUCCAGAGCUCAGCCCGAGAGCUGCGGCCACUUCUCGUUUUCAUCUGGGCCAAGAUCCUCGCAGUGGACAGCUCGUGCCAGGCGGACCUCGUGAAGGACAACGGCCACAAGUACUUCCUGUCAGUCCUGGCGGACCCCUACAUGCCAGCUGAACACAGGACCAUGACGGCUUUCAUUCUCGCCGUGAUCGUCAACAGCUAUAACACGGGGCAGGAAGCCUGCCUUCAGGGAAACCUCAUUGCCAUCUGCCUGGAGCAGCUCAACGACCCGCACCCCUUGCUGCGCCAGUGGGUGGCCAUCUGCCUCGGCAGGAUCUGGCAGAACUUCGACUCAGCGAGGUGGUGCGGCGUGAGGGACAGCGCUCAUGAGAAGCUCUACAGCCUCCUCUCCGACCCCAUUCCCGAGGUCCGCUGCGCGGCGGUCUUCGCCCUUGGCACGUUCGUGGGCAACUCUGCAGAGAGGACGGACCACUCCACCACCAUCGACCACAACGUGGCCAUGAUGCUGGCCCAGCUGGUCAGCGACGGGAGCCCCAUGGUCCGGAAGGAGCUGGUGGUGGCUCUGAGUCAUCUCGUGGUUCAGUAUGAAAGCAAUUUCUGCACCGUGGCCCUGCAGUUCAUAGAAGAGGAAAAGAACUACCCCUUGCCUUCUCCAGCGACCACAGAGGGAGGGAGUCUGACCCCAGUGCGAGACAGCCCGUGCACCCCCAGACUUCGUUCCGUGAGCUCCUAUGGAAACAUCCGUGCUGUCGCCACAGCCAGGAGCCUCAACAAAUCUUUGCAGAACCUGAGCUUGACAGAAGAAUCCGGCGGCGCAGUGGCGUUCUCCCCUGGAAACCUCAGCACCAGCAGCAGUGCCAGCAGUACCCUGGGCAGCCCCGAGAAUGAGGAGCACAUCCUGUCCUUCGAGACCAUCGACAAGAUGCGCCGUGCCAGCUCCUACUCCUCCCUCAACUCCCUCAUCGGAGUUUCCUUUAAUAGCGUUUACACUCAGAUUUGGAGAGUCCUGCUGCACCUGGCUGCUGACCCCUAUCCAGAGGUCUCAGACGUGGCCAUGAAAGUGCUCAACAGUAUCGCCUACAAGGCCACCGUGAAUGCCCGGCCGCAGCGCGUCCUGGACACCUCCUCCCUCACGCAGUCGGCCCCUGCCAGCCCCACCAACAAGGGUGUGCACAUCCACCAGGCGGGGGGCUCCCCUCCAGCGUCCAGCACCAGCAGCUCCAGCCUGACCAACGACGUAGCCAAGCAGCCGGUCAGCCGAGACCUGCCUUCUGGCCGGCCGGGCACCACAGGCCCCGCGGGGGCGCAGUACACCCCUCACUCCCACCAGUUCCCCCGGACACGGAAGAUGUUCGACAAGGGCCCAGAGCAGACUGCGGACGACGCAGACGAUGCUGCUGGACACAAAAGCUUCAUCUCCGCCACGGUGCAGACGGGGUUCUGCGACUGGAGCGCCCGCUAUUUCGCCCAGCCCGUCAUGAAGAUUCCAGAAGAGCACGACCUGGAGAGUCAGAUCCGCAAGGAGCGGGAGUGGCGGUUCCUGCGGAACAGCCGUGUCAGGAGGCAGGCCCAGCAAGUCAUCCAGAAGGGCAUUACGAGAUUGGACGACCAAAUAUUUCUGAACAGGAACCCCGGCGUCCCCUCUGUGGUGAAAUUCCACCCCUUCACGCCGUGCAUCGCCGUAGCCGACAAGGACAGCAUCUGCUUUUGGGACUGGGAGAAAGGGGAGAAACUGGACUAUUUCCACAACGGGAACCCUCGGUACACAAGGGUCACUGCCAUGGAGUAUCUGAACGGCCAGGACUGCUCACUCCUGCUGACGGCCACAGACGAUGGUGCCAUCAGAGUCUGGAAGAAUUUUGCCGAUUUGGAGAAGAACCCAGAGAUGGUGACCGCGUGGCAGGGGCUCUCGGACAUGCUGCCAACAACGCGAGGAGCCGGGAUGGUGGUGGACUGGGAGCAGGAGACCGGCCUCCUCAUGAGCUCGGGGGACGUGCGGAUCGUCCGGAUCUGGGACACAGACCGUGAGAUGAAGGUGCAGGACAUCCCCACGGGCGCAGACAGCUGCGUGACAAGUCUGUCCUGUGAUUCCCACCGCUCGCUCAUCGUAGCUGGCCUUGGUGAUGGCUCCAUCCGCGUCUACGACAGAAGGAUGGCGCUCAGCGAAUGCCGCGUCAUGACGUACCGGGAGCACACAGCCUGGGUGGUGAAGGCCUCCCUGCAGAAGCGCCCGGACGGCCACAUCGUGAGCGUGAGCGUCAACGGAGAUGUGCGCAUCUUCGAUCCCCGGAUGCCCGAGUCGGUGAAUGUGCUUCAGAUCGUGAAGGGGCUGACAGCCCUGGACAUCCACCCCCAGGCGGACCUGAUCGCGUGUGGCUCCGUCAAUCAAUUCACCGCCAUCUACAACGGGGGCGGCGAGCUGAUCAACAACAUCAAGUACUACGACGGCUUCAUGGGCCAGCGGGUCGGCGCCAUCAGCUGCCUGGCCUUCCACCCACACUGGCCUCACCUGGCCGUGGGAAGCAAUGACUACUACAUCUCCGUGUACUCGGUGGAGAAGCGCGUCAGAUAACGGCGUGACCCGGGCCCGCCAGGCCAUGGCCGCCUGCUGUACAUAGUGAAGCUGCCACUUGCCGGGGCGUGGGGUGUCGGCCGCUGCGGCCCCGCGGUGUGAACGUUGGCUGCUGCCUUAGCUGCUGGUGACGGCAGGAGGGCCCUGCUACUCGCUUUCGUCUGUCUGCGCUGUCGUGUCCGGAAUGUGAGGGGAGGGGAGGGCUGGGGUGACCACGGUGGCCUCCCACUGAGCACCAGCAUCCGGGUGCACCCCGCGGCCGCAGCGCCUCUGUCCCUCUCCUGUUCUGUGUUUCUCUGAGACGUUGAAAGGGGAAACACCUCAUUUUAUUUCCAUGUAAUCAGAGCAUUAGCUGCAGCAAAACCCCCAGACAGAGCCCUGGAGGAGAGGCAGGCGCUGGGGCUCCUACAGGUCCCUGGAGCAGCCGUCCCCAUCAGGCCAAGAGCGAGCGAGAGGUGCUGCCCCAGCCAGGCCCACCGCCUCUCACAGUCAGUGCACGCAAGCAGGGACAUUUCCUAGCCGGCUGGGGCACACUGGAAAUUCGGGAAACCAAGAGAGGGGAAGAAGGAGACGCCCCUCUAGCUGGCGGGUAUGAAGAAAGCCGCCCGGGGGGGCCGGGCUGUCCUUGGCCGCUGGCCGCAUCACUGAAAGGGAGGAGCGCAGCCCCUUCUCCACAGCCCACCCUCCCUGCACCUCCAGGUCUCUAGACUCUAGUUUUGGCCCCUCUCACGCAGAGCUGUCAGCAGGGGCCUCUGUGGCCACGCACAGGAGAGGCAGGUCCUUGGCAGUGUAGCCCCUGCCUUAAUCCACAGGGCCCCUUUCCUUCCGAAGGGCUGCUCUUCCCCGGCCUGUGGUCUCCGUGCCUGUGCCCGCACACGGGUGUAGCACACGCAUGUGCGGGCACCACGGCUGGCACCCGGGGCACACAUGCAGGCGGCGUGGUCUCCGUGCUCUGUCCGCACACGUUCAUCACACACAGGUGAGAGGCACUGCCGGGUCCUAGACAGCUCUGGGUGACACCAGCCCCAUCUCCAGCCCUGAGUCACCCAUGCUGAUGCGACCUUGGCUUGCAGCUGGGCCUGUGGUGCAGACAGGAGCUGUGUGGACAGUCCCGCCCAGGAGGGGCCUCGGGGCGUGUGUGAGCAGUUUUGCAAACAGAACACAACCACAAUGAUGGUAUUUUGAAAAGCAUUUUUUCGAUGUUCGUCGGGAAUCAGGAUCAUGGAGAGGUGGAGGAGCCAAGUGGCUUCACUGUGGCACUAAGAGGCCCAUGACCAUGGGAGUGAGAGCGGGCACGGCGAGGCCCAGCUCCCCUGUGGUGUGACUGGCGUCCUGCCCUGGCCAAGAGCAUCUUCUGGGUGGAUGGAACCCUGCCUGGCUGCGUUUGGUCAGAGAAACACGUGGUCUUCGGGGGCCGAGCUGGAGUCUAAGCCGGGGCUGGCCGGGACGUGACAAGGUGGGACAGAGGCGGCCCCUCCGCUGCUCUUGAUUGGAAUGCGAGCUCCCACCAGAAGGAGGUUCUGGCAGGAAUCCCAUCCCCACAUCUGGGCCGAGCGGGCAGACCAGGUCCGGAAGGUGUAGAGAGCCCCGACCCCCACAAGUCCCGGCCUCAGCUCACAAGGCAUGCCAGGCGGCAACACCAGAAUCUUCCAGAAGCCCAGCUCCACCCGCACACACAGCUUCCCAUCCAGUCCAACUCGAUUCUUACCUAACACGCGUUUCUGUUUGUUUUGAGACAAAACCACCACCUGUCAAAAGGCAGGUGGCUCCGGAGGGGGCAAGACCCUCCUGCCCCCGCUCCGCCCUGGAGCCGCCCCCAUGGGCUCCGCGUGCCACCUGCACGUGAGCUGUCUUCACAGGUCUGAUGCGAAAAUUCAAUCACGACGUUAACCAGGGCUCGAGAGAGUGCCGGCCUAAAGGCUCCUUAUCUCUAUUUAUUUUACCAAAUGCGAAUUGAGAAAGACUUUGACAAAACACAAAAUGGCAAUGUGAAGCUACGAGCAGGACAAACAGUAAACAACACGCGCAGAC